UUGACAGACGUCAGUACGUCAGUUCGGUAGAAGACUCCGCGUAGUGCGAUAGAUUUUUUAAGGGGAAAAUUAACGUUUGUAAACACGGCUACACUCUGUGAGUGCAAUUUUUGCUGCGGGUUCCGUGCUAGGAUAUGGCCAGUGCGUACCAGACCAACCAGAACUUCGCAAUGAUUAAGAAAGACAUAGAUUCGGAUGUAGAUAACAGUGAUAACGAAGAUACAGACGAAUCUCUAGCAGGAGAAGACCUACAACAUAACAGCAAGUCAAAGAAACAAUGUAACAAGGGUCGCUGGAGUAAAGAGGAGGAUGCCAAAUUGAAGCAUUACGUUGAGGAGUACGACGAAAAAUGGGAUCUGAUUGCUGAGCAUUUUCCUGACAGGUCUGACAUUCAGUGUCAGCAAAGAUGGACCAAAGUGGUCAAUCCGGAGUUGGUCAAAGGACCGUGGACCAAAGAGGAGGAUGAAAAAGUUGUGAAACUGGUCAACGUAUACGGGGCGAAGAAAUGGACCCUUAUAGCUCGACAUUUGAAGGGCAGGAUAGGGAAACAAUGCCGGGAAAGAUGGCACAACCAUCUCAAUCCCAAAAUAAAAAAAUCGGCCUGGACGGAACAAGAAGAUGAGAUCAUUUACCAGGCCCAUCAGAUGCUGGGCAACCAGUGGGCCAGGAUAGCUAAAAUGUUACCGGGAAGAACGGACAACGCUAUCAAGAACCACUGGAACUCGACUAUGCGAAGACGGUACGAACAAGCGGAGGGUGAUAGUCGCAGGGGUAAAAACAGGAAGAACCAACGUAAACCCGACUACAAAGUCAUGGAGCAACUCAGGGCGAUGGCGGCUCAAAAUGCCGAACUCAGAAAGCCGGAGAUCACCAGCAGUUUCUACAACGAGGAUUGGGUGGAGAUGUACGACCAAGGCAGCAACCAGUCCAGCAUAGGAGGCCUAUCAAAUGGGGCACCCACUCCAUCACCGGGAGCUUCCACGGCUUUUGACAGAAUCCAUCCUUCUCCGGCACACUCCAACAUCGCGGAGACUCACAACUACGCCCUGUCUUACCCCAGUCAACCCUCCCCAGUGAAACUCACCCCCAUGAGUGACGAUCCCAUCCCUGACUUUGAUUUGGCCCUCUACAGUCCCUUGAAAGGAGCGAAACACUUUAUGAAAUCCCGUGUUGAACUUCCGACGUACGCACAAUCUAUAGCUAUCCUUGCUGCACCUUCAACCAGGUCAUCUACCCCUCCCAUUCUAAGAAGGGGUCCCAGGUCACGUAAACGAAGAGACAGUGAUGAAAUUGACAAGGAAGAAGCCUCUCACCACGACAGGCGUCUGACGCAAGACGUGACCUCGAUGUUUGAAGGUGGUAAACCCACAAUCUUUAGUCCGAUCCGUAUGGGCAAUAACGGGGCUUCCCCGAUUGAACAGUUGCCGUUCAGUCCUUCCCAGUUCCUUAACAGUCCUAAUAUGUCGCAUAUCACCUUUGAUGUCACACUCAGUUCGACCCCUGUGAAGAAAGGAGGGGUUAUGACACCCAAGAAGGACGUUCGAAAAAAACCGGAUCGGGAUUAUAGUCCUCUUAGUACCCCUCACGGGCCUUGUAUCAAACCAGACGUCGGACCUUCAACCUCUGAUGCAUCUUCAACGCCUAACAAGAGGUUAUUUUUGAACGAGGACACGCCUCGCACGCCUACACCGUUCAAGAAGGCUUUGGCAGAUCUGGAAAGGAAGUCCGGCCCUGUUUCGAACAUGCCGGACACGCCGUCCAGGCUGGAGGACAUCACGGAGAUAAUGAAGAAAGAUCAGGACAGCUCGCAAUAUGAGACCGAUACGAGUAUGGUGACCACUGCGACGAACGACAGCGGCUAUCUGACAGGCAAACGAAAAGUGGUGGGAAAUGCAGCAGACAAAGAAAACGUCCUCCCGAACAAGAGGGUGCGGAAGGCGUUGGCGCCAUCUUGGGCCUCCACGUCGAUGUCGUCGUGCGUGUCGUCCGAUAUGUCAUUUGCCGUAGAAACGCCGAGCAAGUCUUUAGGAGACGAUACCUCCAUCUUGUUUUCCACGCCCCCGUCCAUAAUGAAGGACUCCCUAGGGGUGACGGCUCUGGAUUACGUGCCUCCCACGUCGUCCUCAAAGCCCGCUUCUGCAGCAAGGGGUGCCAAUAACGUCUCGGAAACCCGUAGCACCGCAGCCAAGCGGAUCACUUUCGAGGAGACGCGACCUAGGGCCCCCAAGAUUGAUCGUUUAUGGGCUAUUAUUGCUUGCGGACGCACCCAAGACCAGUUGGACCUCACCGAAAUGGCUCACAAAUUCCUCAAAAACAACGGUUUGAAACCGAGAUCCCUUAAUUUUUAGUAUAUCCCUAUCGAUAAGAUACUAUAUAAGCUAGCUUUAAAUUUUGAAAAUUAAAAAAUAAACUUUAAUAAUAUUCUUUAAUUAUAUUUAAUAUUACUCUCGAUGGUCUUUUAAAAGAUCUUGUACAGGUAGAUUUAAAAUAGGACUAUUGUACAGUGUGUCCCCGGAUUGUCUUUAGAAAAGGAAACACUUUUUUAUUAACUUUUUUGAGAAAAAAUGCAUUCUUACCGUUUUAGAGUAAAAUAAACAAAAAUAUUAUGAAAAUACAGUUGAAUUUAAUUGUUGCAAAAAAUAUAUCUUGUAAAGACGAACCGAGGACAUACUGUAUAUAUUAUAAAACUUAUAUACUGUGUUUGAUCAAAAAGUAUGUACCAGUAACUGUCUGGUACUAAAACUAUAUUAUUUUUCUGACUUUACACGGUAUACACCGUGGUAUUGAAUGAAAACAAUGUCACAGUAGCCUAGUAAACACUAGCUAUAGUAAAUCUCAAAGUAAAAUAUGAUUUCAACGACUACCGUGACAUCGUUUUUAUUCAAUCGCUCGGUACAUAGAUGCAAUAACCUUAAAAACGUUCGUGUUGCAAGCUGAGAGCCUUGCAAUGACACUAUUGACGUAGAGGUAUGAAUUCUAUACAAACCUAGUAAUAUACCGUGCUGGCAACUGUUACUUUUGGGUCGGCAUUUACAUGUGUGGAAGUAAAUCGCAUAGGGAUCUUAUUAAGUCGCUACGGUGUGCUGUUGCGGCGUUGCCGAUACG